AUGUGGUCGGUCUUCUUUGUCUUUCUGUCUUAUCUGGACAGAAACGUCGUAAAGGGCGACUUCCUGAGCCGCGCUCUGGACGCGGAGAAGGAGAGCAAAGAGACGUUCUCCAUGCUGAAUGGCACCGUGUGCGCAAAAAUGUCCAUCGUGGGGGAGAAUUUCCUCUACCAGGUGUCGGACGGAGCCGAGGUGGUGCGCUCCGUGGUCACUCCCGCCGGGAAGCUCGUCAACUGCUCCGUCAUCGUGAACCAGAUGCAGGUGAAGUCGUUCGUGCAGGAGUGCAGGUUGGGGCUGCAGGAGCAGAGAGUCGGGCGGCAGCUGGAGACGCGUUUUGCGCGCAUGGAUGAAGCCAAGCUGAUGUGCCGGGAGCUCAGAGAGCGCAGCGGCGCAGCAGAGAAGGAGCAGGUCUUAAAAAGAUCCAAGAGGGGCUUCACUUAUCCCGGGACUCUGUGGUGUGGAGCCGGCAACAUGGCAGAUAACUAUAACCAGCUGGGAGACUUUGCGGACACUGACAGCUGCUGCCGCACACACGACCACUGCCCUCAUGUCAUCCACGCCUUCUCCUCCAAGUACGGCCACACCAACUUCAAGUGGCACUCCAUCUGCCACUGUGACUGUGAUAAUACGUUAAAAGCUUGUCUGAGGAAAGUCAAUGACACGUCCUCCAGGGUUGUUGGUCAGGCGUUUUUCAAUGUCAUCGGCGUUCCCUGCUUUGAGUUCGUCUACGAGGAGCAGUGUGCAGAACGCCACUGGUAUGGCAUGUGCAAACGAUACGAGAAGCUCCCCAUUGCUGUGCUGAAAGACUCAGUGCCGUAUGACUUUGGAGGCAUUGACGUCAUCGAUGAGCUGACCUUGGCUCCUCCCAGAGCCAGAGAUUCCAAGAAAAGCAACAAAGAGGAGAAACCGGAGAGUGCAACUCAGUCGACGAUAUCCGGCCCCGAAGAGCCUUCGCUGAGGAACGUCGUCACCGCCGCCGAGGACUUCAUCAAGGUGCUCGCCACCGUCUCCACGUCUCAAAGCUCCACCGCCGAAUCUGAAAGAGGCGAGGCGCAAAGCUCCGAGAAGAAGAAGAGGAAAAAGAAGAAGAAAAUCACCAAGAAGCGAAAAGGAAAAGGAAAGGGGAAGAAGAGAAAGCAGAAAGCAGAGGCAGGUGUUAAAAUAGAGGAAGGAGCUGCGGUUUCACCUUCUGGCAGCAGAUCAGAAGAAGUCAAGGCUUUAGGUAACUUCAUCAGCGAGUCACACAGACACGACCAGUCAAGCAGAAACACCAACAGAGUCGGUGAUGGCGAAUUUGAGCUCGUAGGAAAAGAUGAGCCCUCCAACGAAGUCAUGAAAGAUGAACCAGCUAUGGAGAAGGAGGUGGUUUCCAUUACACCACCUUCAACCGUCCAGAAGAGGCCAGCAGAGUCAGACGCUGCUGUGCUGUCUAAAGAAAUCACUCCCUCAACAAGCACAGCGACUCCACAUGAAGCAAAACCCAGAGGGCAACACAAGGGGAAGAGAAGGAAGAACAAGAAAACUCCUCUUCCCUCUUCUGAAGAGCUUCCAGCGAACACGAUUGACAACAUAAGUGCCGUCUCUAUCUCCACCACCAUUACCAUAACCCCAACGGCACAGCCGGAGCAACAAAGCUUCGGGAGCGACACUCUAAAGCGACCUGUUGUCAGCGUUGCCAGCGCCCCCAUUGUAAUCUCCAAAGUCAAAAGAAACAGGUCAAAGGAGAGAGAGGACAGAGAGGGGAGGAAGAAAAGGAGGAAAGGCAGCUCGGCUUCUCCCAUUAUGCCUGUUGUCCUGCAAAAUUCCUCCGUGGACAAUCUGAAAGUGAUCCCUGGCACCGCCGCUCCCACCAUCCCGCCGAUCCCCACCGCCGAGCGCCAGGUUUCACGCAGGCUGGACGUUUACGGAGCGAAGAUCCAAGCUAGGCCUCUGAACUCUGCUUUAAGUGCUUUGAAAAGACAAAGGACCGUCCAGCUGGCAGGCAGCAGCCCAGCAUCCCUCCCCAACAACCUCAACUCCUACUUCUCCAGAUUUGAGACAGACAACGCCACUCAAAAAGAUGUAAUCAUCUCCUCCCUCAUGCCUGGAGGGGCAGAACUCAACUUCAACAUGAAGGAGGUGGUGAGAGCCCUCAAGAGGACGAAGGAGGGCACAGCACCCAGUUCAGAACAUCAGUGGUUGUGUCAUGCCGUGCUGUGCAGAGCAGCUUGGAGGCGGGUUUCAGCUCCUGUUUCAUAG